CAUAAAAACGUUAUUUAAUACUUUGUGGAUUAUUAAUUUAGUUGAUAAUCACUGGAAGUAAAAUGGAUGCUAAUUUGAGAGAUCAAGAUCUUCGUAUAAAACAGUUAAUAAAAGAAAAUCUACAAAGAAAAAAAUGUCUGCCAAGCCGUAGCCGAAGCCGAUCUCCAAAUAUAUUUGGCGAUAGUGAGACCCAGUGUCCAGAUGAUUUACCCAGCGUUGUCGCAACAAAGAAAAAAAAAAACGAGGAUAAAGUAAAAGAAAAUUUACUGAAAGAAGAAACAAACUGUUCUAAAUGCUUAAUUUAUGGAGAAGAGGAUAAAAGAAAUGAGUAUUUCGGACUGUUAGUGGCUCAAGAAUUUAAAUAUAUACGGCCAUGUGUGCGAACGAGGUGUUAUGAAGAAAUUUUAAAGUAUCUACGGGAAGCAAAAGGCCAACAUGUUGAUCAACUGCAACAUGAAAACACUGAAAAUUAAUUACUUUCAUUUUAUUAUAUAUAGAUUUUUAAAAUUUCCUGAAAUAUUAUUAGUUAACGUUUUAUUUAAUAUUGUAGAAUUGAUCAAUACAAUUUAUAAAAAUAAUUUAUUGGUAUUACUUACAUAUAUUCAAAAAAAUACGUAAAAACCUAUUUUUUUGGGUGAUUAUGGGAGUUUAUGGGUGUUUAUUGGGUUUUUACCAAAGCACCGGGUUUAAACCCGGUGCUUUG